AUGGAACACGAGUGUGAGACCGAGGAGCAGGAGGAAUAUACCGCUAUUUAUACUGUAUCCAGGAGAACUCGCACGAGGAGUAAAUGUAGACGAACAAAAAGUGGAAGAAAUGAGAAAACACAGUCGGAGAAAAAUCGUAAUGCUUGUCCAGACGAAAUUUUACCACCAGUUAUGUUUUCACCGCGUAAUCAAAAAUUAUCUUCGAAAAUGAAGUCGAAAUUUGACAUAACAAAAGAAAAACUGCAAAAUCUACAUACGGUUUUUUUCCCGAUUCCGCGCAAUAGAGUUUUUCUAGGGAAAUGUUCAGAUGAUGACGACUCAAGUGGAUAUCGAGUGUCCGAAAGUGUCCUAUCCGUCCUCAAAACCGUCCGAAUAUGGAAGUUAAGGAAGACUGGCAGACAGGGAUACGACAAAUUCCGACGAACGGCGGAGUUCGUCAGCUUCGCACGGAAGAUGUGUGCACGCCAGCCAGAUAAAACAUUGAGUCCGGAGGAAAGCAUUCUGUUUUUCCUCAACACGAGUUCCCGCCGUCGACCAGACACACCGAACUCGCCCGACCCCCGGACCCUAUUUGAUGUCACUCCAUUCAAGGCUUUGGGACAAAAAACUUUUGUAAACACUUUACGAAACUGUCUCGGAAUCCCCCCGGAAUUGCGGACAAGUGAUGACAUCACAGCGAUGACUCGCAUGCUAGGGAAAUUCAGCAUAUUUUGCAGUUACCCGAAACAGGUGCAACAAGGAAUAUGUCGUCAAGGCUGGUACUCCAGGUUCGACAAGGCUACAAUUUUGGCAAGGGAGGGAAGUCGGGCUGAUUUCUACUACCUUGUAGUUUCUGGAGUAGCCGUGUCCCGUUGCCUUGACUACGAGGAAGAUGCUGUUGCUAAGAGAUCUCAUUUUGUCGAGUUCCACAGACAAGGGGACGUAAUUGGGGAGAAGGAAAUACUGACCGAUUCGGAGCGACCGAUGACCAUCGUAUGUAAGGAGGCUAUAGAGGUCAUCGGACUAGACAGGGACGAGUUGCUGGCCUUGUUCCAGUCCUCUGGUGCACCCCAAUGUAUCAAUCUUUUGACUACUGUACCCGACCUUUCCGGAUUUCCGUUUCAACUUUUACAGACGUACCAUUUCUCCUGCUCCGUACAUCACUACAGAAGGGGCGCCGUCAUUGUGAAGGACAGCAACGAAUCAGAGUGGAUCUACGUCGUCAAAUCGGGUUCCUGCCAGGUAUACGAGUCUGUUACGCGGCGAACACCAGAGAGGACGGCAUUAAUGGCGUCAAACAAAGUGUGCAGGUCAUCUCUAGAUAGCGGUCUGCCAGACAUCACCAAAACCACAAAUCUAGUUUCAGAGCCUUGUCUUUCUUCCUCCAAAGAGAUGCUCAGUUCCCGCAAAUCAAAGUCCAAGCUAUCGUUAGCUCACCUGAAAACAGUCCUGCCAAACAUCACCUUAGCUAAUAGCACAGUGUCACAGAAGUCUCCCGAGUCGACUCCAAGAAGAAAGUGUAAGACGACUCGCCAUGGCAGCCCUAGGGCAGACUUUCGCGAGUCUUCUGCGAAGGGACACACUUUCUACCUCAAAGUAGAUAUCGUCACUGAACGCGAAUGCUUCGGUUUGCAGUCACUACUUUAUAAACAGCUGCCAACUUUGAGUCUGGUCAGCAAUGGUGCCGAGUGUAUUUUACUGUCGAAACAAUUCUUCAGGGACCACAUGGAUGAUGACUUAAAGCGACGUCUUGUAUACAGAGUACCCCCGUAUCCUAGCAACUCCCAGGUGAGGGACGCCGUGGAGGAUAAGUUAACAUGGGACACGUACAAACACCAGGUACUACACGACGCCAUGUCCAAAUAAUCAUAUGUUCUAAACAUAAAGUCUUUGAUAUGACAUCAUACCCUCGCCAGAAUGUCCCUGAAUCAUCAUCAUGCUAUCAUCGGUUUGUCGAGGCUUAGUGACUUUAGCCCCAUCUUCUGGAGGAUAACAUCGUGGCAUUUUAUCGAUUUCUGUAAUUGAUACAUCAAACUAAUGUUUAUUUUAACGAA